CAGGCCCUACCAUCAACCAUAACCAUUACCUACCAUUACUAGAACUCGCAUCACAUCACAUCAACUUCUCACCACGACCACCGACCCCGACUACACACGACUACAACGCCUUGCCGUCAUUUUGCAGCUUGCUCGUGUAUUAUUUUUCUUCCCUUCCCUUUUUUUCUCCCCCGCUCCAGAAUAAUCUGCGGGAGCUUCCGACGUCCACCUCUGUUGCAUGGGCUCCCUGAGUGACUGGCAUUAUCAACCCCAGCUCAUUCAUUCAUUUCAUCUGGCCGACCGCACGCACAGUCGUUGGGAGCUAGUACGCCACCAGCCUAAGUCCUCGCAUCUUCCCACUUCACUUUCUACAUACGCCCCUCGAUACAUAACAACAACGCCCGCACCGCCCUCGAUACAUUACCUAAACUAAGGCUAUCUUUCUUUUCCCACACCUCGUAGCCUACAUACCAUAUACUAUUCAACAACCGCAACAUAUCUCGGAGCGGUUCCCGAUCCAUCGUCACCUCAAGUCGCGUACCGACCCUCCAAUAGCCCGCCCACCUUUUACUGGUCGCGGCCGCGAUACCUUACAACCACCCUACUAUUUACAACACGUACUUCACUUAGACUAGAAAACGGGUCGGAGCUUAGGUAGCUUCAUCCCGACGUCCAUCACAAAUAUGGUGGAAGGAGAUUCAAACUCCCCCACCUGGAAGUUCACCCAGUGCUUCGGUGACAAGGGAGAUGUUGAAGAUAUCACAGAAGCCGACAUCAUAUCAACAGUCGAGUUCGAUCACACUGGUAACUACUUAGCAACAGGAGACAAAGGUGGUCGAGUUGUUUUGUUCGAGAGAAACGAGACGAAGAAAACUUGCGAAUAUAAGUUCCAUACCGAAUUUCAGUCACACGAGCCCGAAUUCGAUUACCUUAAAUCCCUGGAAAUUGAGGAAAAGAUCAAUAAGAUCAAGUGGUGUCGCCGUCAAAAUGCCUCUCACUAUCUACUAUCCACUAAUGACAAGACGAUCAAGCUGUGGAAAGUUUUUGAGAAGUCGUUGAAGGUGGUAGCGGAGAACAACCUGUCGCAUGACCUAACACCAGGAAAUGUGGCUGGCGUAGGAGGAGGAGCCCCUAGACCUAUCCCACAGUCACACUUCAAGACUGCUGGGGAGUUAAAACUUCCGCGACUGACACAUCAUGAUACCGUCGUCGCUGCGGUUCCCCGUCGUACAUAUGCUAAUGCCCACGCUUAUCACAUCAACAGCAUCUCAGUCAACAGCGAUGGAGAGACAUUUAUAAGCAGCGACGAUCUUCGAAUUAACCUUUGGAACUUGAAUAUUCAAGACCAAAGUUUCAACAUCGUGGACAUAAAACCGGCGAAUAUGGAGGAGUUGACUGAGGUUAUUACUGCUGCCGAAUUUCACCCCAUUAGUUGCAACUGGUUUAUGUACGCAAGUUCGAAAGGCACUAUCAAACUGGCGGAUAUGCGAGAAAGCGCUCUUUGUGACCAGCACGCCAAGCUUUUCGAGCAAGAAGAAGACCCGUCCGCGCGAUCGUUCUUUUCGGAGAUUAUCUCUUCCAUCUCGGAUGUGAGAUUCUCAUACGAUGGCAGAUACAUCUUAUCUCGAGACUAUCUCACAGUCAAGAUUUGGGAUGUCAAUAUGGAACGCCAACCAGUCAAGACGAUACCUAUCCACGAGCACCUACGACCGCGGCUCUGCGACACUUAUGAGAACGAUAGUAUUUUUGACAAAUUCGAAGUAGUGUUCUCAGGCGACGCCAAGAAUGUCAUGACUGGAAGUUACAACAAUAACUUCAUGAUCUACCCAUCUGACCCCGCGAAAGAGAUCGAAGUCGUUUUACAAGCAGACAAGUCGGCCUUCAAGGCAAAGAAGGUGGGCAUUCCGACACCUAUCAACUCAUCGACGAGUCCCACGGCGACCAAUGGUGGUAAGAAGGGCGGGUCUCGUGCGGGUAGCCCGGCAGCUGGAGGUCAAGGACAGAGGAUGCGAAAAGAGACAGACGCGGAUCAAAUUGACUUUAACAAGAAGAUCUUGCACAUGAGUUGGCACCCAUUUGAGGACAGCAUUGCGAUUGCUGCGACGAAUAAUUUAUUCGUCUUCUCGGCUCUCUAG